UAUGGUUGAUACUGGUUCGUAUCAACGACACAGGUUAUUAUCACCUCAGUACAAGCGACUGAAAGACGUCCAGCUGCAGCGAACAGGUGGCUGCUUCAGACAGACUUUUGAACAUGGUGAAGGAGUGAGGUCCAGCAGGGAUACCACCUUCACCUUCUCCUCAACCAAGCCAAGCAAGGACACCAGGUGUGACAGGACACUCUGACACUCAGUGCAGUAUAUCUACCUGGUCUUUUCCUGGGUUACAGGGUAGUGCUCACUGCCACUGUUUCACCUCUCCAUCCCAGACAUCAGCAGCAGCUGCAGAACACGCCGUGCCAUCACAGGCAUGAUGGGAGUCCCCACGCUCUGUGUCGUGAUCGUAGCAUUCAUCAGUCACAGCCACAGCCUGGAAAUACAAAACCCUCUGUACAGGUCCAAAAGGUCUCAGGAGAACGUGUUGUUGGAUCCCAGCAGCUGUGCGUCCAGGACCGAGCAGCAGGUCUUUACAAACCCUCACAAUUUCUCUGUGGACAUUCGGAUGCCUGGUGUCAUCCCGGCCGGGUCGGACACUUACCUGUGCAUGGCAUUUCCUGUGCCAACGAGUCGAGAUGCAUAUAUAGUGGACUUCAUACCUCAUGCCAGUAUGGACACAGUCCAUCACAUGCUACUGUUUGGCUGCCAGACUCCUGUCUCCACCAGCAGCUACUGGGACUGUGGCAGUGUACCAGGCACUUGUGAGGAUGAAGCCUCCAUUAUGUACGCCUGGGCUCGCAACGCACCCCCCACUAAACUCCCCAAAGAUGUUGGUUUUAAAGUCGGAAGAAAUUCAGGAAUAAGUUACUUUGUGCUGCAGAUCCAUUAUGGAGAUGUCAGUGCUUUCAGAGACCAUCACAGAGACUGCUCAGGACUCUCCUUAAGAAUGACGUCCAAGCCGCAGCCGUUCAUAGCUGGUAUAUACCUGCUCAUGUCUGUGGACACAGUCAUCCUUCCAGGGAAAAGAGUUACCAAUGCAGACGUCGCCUGUGAUUACACUUCACAUCCCAUCUACCCCUUCGCCUUCAGGACCCACACACACCACCUUGGGAAAGUGGUCAGUGGCUACAGGAUCCGAGAUGGGAAGUGGAGCCUGAUUGGACGACAGUCACCUCAGCUACCACAGGCUUUCUAUCCUGCCAACAAGGAAGUGAGUGUGAAGUACGGUGACACCAUCGCUGCCAGAUGUGUGUUUUCUGGUGAGGGCAGAACCUCCAAAACCUACAUUGGCGGCACCUCUGAUGAUGAAAUGUGCAACUUCUACAUAAUGUACUACAUGGACAGCAAACAUGCGAUCCCCUUCAUGAACUGUAUGGAGACGGGCUCCAAAGAGCUGUUUGAACAUAUUCCAGCAGAGGCCAGUGUCCCCAUCGCUGUCAGUCCAGGUCACAUGAACUCCAUGAUGCACAUGGGACACUCGACAGAUCAAGGUAACAGAUCACCGCUGGAUGCAAGCAAAGCAGACCAGGUUCUGGAUCAGGGUGACCUCUAUUCUCUCAUGUCCAAGCUGCUAGGCCAGAGUAAAGACAUAGCUCACAUUCAUAAGUACAACCCCAGCGAGAUGCAGAGAGCCCAGGCUGAGCUGGUGGCUCAGAUUGAUAGCUUAAUGCAAAAGACAGACCUGGGCUCUCCCAGUGCCACACUAGCCUUCCAGACCAGGGAGGACCCUGUUUUGGUGAGGGACAGAGUCCACAAAUUCCAUCAGCUUGAGGCCACAGCCAAGUCCCCAGGAAGCAAGCUGCUAGCUACAGGACAAGACUACCAUCUGGAGCCAGUGUCGGGGUGGCCACAGAGUUCUCUGCAGCUGGGUCAGGUAUCAGGACUUGCCCUGGACUCAGAUUCUAACCUGGUCAUUUUCCACAGAGGAGACCACCACUGGGGGACCAACUCCUUUAACAACCAGGCCAGGUACCAGCAGAGGUCUCUGGGUCCCAUCCAGCAGUCCACCAUUCUGGUUGUGGAUCCGGCUAAAGGCAACAUCCUGAAGGCUUCAGGCAGAAACAUGUUUUAUUUGCCUCAUGGAAUAACUACAGACAAGGAGAAUAAUUACUGGGUCACUGACGUGGCUCUUCAUCAGGUGUUAAAGGUGAGCAACGACGGUAGAGACAGUACCCUGCUGGCUCUGGGAGAGGCCUUCACACCAGGAAGUGACAGUAGACACUUCUGCCAGCCCACUGACGUGGCCGUGGACCCAGAGACCGGAGACAUAUUUGUGUCUGACGGAUACUGCAACGCCAGGAUCCUCAGGUUCUCUGCUGGGGGCCGGUACCUGUCUGAGUGGGGAGCAGGCUCGUCAGACAGGAGGAGGCGGGUACCGUUCCAGGUCCCCCACAGCCUGGUGUUCCUCCCUGACAGACGGGAGGUGUGUGUAGCUGACAGGGAGAACGGACGUAUCCAGUGCUUCAUCGCUGAGACUGGAGAGUUCGUCAAGGAAAUAAAGAAGGAAGAGUUUGGAGGGGAGGUGUUUGCCAUCACCUACAGCCCUGCUGGAGAAGGCUUGAUCUUUGCAGUAAAUGGAGAAUCUCCGUAUCACUCAGCGCCACUCAGAGGGUUUGUUAUAAAUUACUCAACAAAGGACAUUUUGGAUACGUUCAAGCCAAACAAGAAGGAGUUUAAAAUGCCUCAUGACAUCGUGGAAACCAGGGAUGGCAGCGUGUUUGUCGGAGAUGCAGGCAGUAAAUCCGUCUUCAAGUUCACCACUGAGAAGUCUCAUCGUUCUGUAAAGAAAGCGGGAAUCGAGGUUCAAGAGCUUGAAGAAAUGGAGACGAUCAUCCAAACGAAGCUGAGGCCUGAACACAACAUGUCGACGCCCGCAGCCGUCCAAGAGAAGCAAACUGUGGCUCAACUGCCUCAACCACAGAAACAGAAAGAGGAGGAGGAGGACGAGAAGAAGAAGAGUGCAGCGAAGCCCAACAGGGGGGGCGGUGUACUUCCAGCCAUCAUCACCACACUGCUGCUCAUCCCUCUGGUGCUGGUCAUCUCCAUAGGAGUCUUCAUCUGCUGGAGGAGGAACAACCGAUGUGAGGUGAAAACUGAACCCAGUUCUGUGGGAGGGAUCUUGGGAAAAAUACGAGGUAAAGCGGUGGGCACUCUGAAUCUGGGGAACUUCUUUGCGUCCCAUAAGGGUUACAGUCGUCAGGGUUUCGACCAGCUGAGCACUGAAGGCAGCGACCAAGAGAGGAACGACGAGGACAGCAGUGACUCUGAGAACGAGGAGUACUCUGCUCUGCCGCCUCCUCAGUCCUCCUCCUAGACGCUCUGGGCCCAGCCACCUUCUGCUUACAUUGCCAAGAUGUAUGUUAUUCAUCAAGUGUGUAACUGUUGUGUUAGCUGCCAAUCUUAUUGUUUAUAUAUUUAAAUAUAUACUGUAUAUAAAAUAAUUUGGUAUAAUUUAGGCCGUUUAUUUAAUCUUUAUUUAAUUUAGCCGAGGUCUUGAUACAGCCUCGGUGACACAUUCACACAUAAGAGUGUCAAAGAUUUGUUUCCCCAAAUCAAACAGCAUUAGUGGAAUUAUUAUAAUUAUGAUCAGCACAAUCCACAGGGACAAAGAUUUAGCCUUAAAACAAGAAGAACCUGCUGAUGGGCUCAGAUCAGUUUAUCCUGGAGUUUCCCUUGUUUCAGGAACUUUGUCUAAAUUCCUGAAAUGAGUUUUUUUUUGUUUUUUUAUGGAAACAGGUGAAAACACGUCUGAGCUGGUGACUGAACUUUUAUUUUGAAUUCAUAAGGAAAUGUACCAAACUUCACUGAAUGACUUUUUUAGAAGGAGAAUUUCUACGACUGAAAUGUGUUUCAUGGUCAGUUCACGUCCUCAUUCAUUCACACUGACAGUGACCUGUUUGAAAACAUUAAGGGUUCUGUUUUCAUGGUGGAGCUGUGACCAGCACACUGACAGCUUCCUGACCGUGACAUUGGUGAGAGAGGGGUGCACACAGGUGGGCUCACAAAGAGAAACCCUGGUAUUUUGGGAGAAGUUGGGUCUUCAGAGCUGAGUUCUUGUCUCAGAACCACAUCUCUGGAGCAACGUCGCACCGCUGUCAGUUUGUAGAUUUUGUCAACAGGAGCUAACUAAAAGCUUGGAGAGAAUGUUUUAAUGAAACACUCUUCAUUGGUGCAUGUUGAUGAGUUUAAGAGCAGCUUCAUUAAACCAUUAAAACCCCUGCAGCCUCUGACUGUGCCAAACCAGAGCAUGGUGCCAUCACACCUGGCCAUUCACUGUGUUUACCUUGAUUACAGGCUGCUACAGAACAAACCACUCACCUCCACCUACAUCAGACUGAUCAGAUGUCAGCAGCCCAUGAAUCUGUGCAUCAGCUCCUCUCCAGGUUUUUAGUUUAAGUGUCAUUUCAUAUGAUAUGAUGUGACCACACAUGAGACAGUAGUUAUUAUAUUAUUUAGUGUAUUUAUGAAGCAACACCUCCUCUGAUCUCUGUUCACCUCCAUCAGCUCCUCUACACUUGGAGCUGCUGCACAUCCAUGAACGAGAGCAGCAGGUGGAGACGCCCACACGUCUCUGGUUCUGGUCUGUGUUUAUUAGGGCCGCAGCCUCUGUGCUGGUCACUGUGUUUGCUCCAUUAAAACAGGGCCCUGAGGAAAAACAGGAAACUGCUGUUGUCACCUGUUUAGUAGUCUACUGUUUAUUUUAUUGCUCUGUGUCUGAGUCUGGACUUGUGUUUUAAUGACAUGUAAACAUGUGAGUGAGACUCAGUUGAGCAGAAUCAGUUACAGAACUUUGAUAUUUUAUGAUGAUUUUGAAAACACACAGUUUAACAGCACUGAUGAAUAUACAGCUGAGUUUACCCGGAGAAAUGCAUCCCUCCCUGCAUGAACCUCUUCCAUGUAGUGAAGCUGUUCACAGCGUAACUGAAGCUGAACUGCUCAUGAUUUACAUCGGUGACAUUUCAUUGUAAUUUUGUGCCUUUUCAUGUGUGUAUUCUGCCUUUCUUCAGCACCUGCCAUUACAACAUGUAUCACGGGAUGAAAACAGCUGCUGCUGCUAGUAGAGCUUCUACUACACUGAUCUCUCUUCCAUUCAAGAUAUUAAUAGAUAUAUAUCUAUAUUUAUGUUUGUGUGUGUGGACUUGUAAUUCUGUCGCUGUGAGGACCACUUUGAGUCGUAGACCUGAACCAGUGAGGACACUGUCCGGUCUUCAGGUUUGAAUCAGGUUUAGAUCAGGGUAAGGGGCUAUGGAAUGCACUAUGUUAAUGAGUGUCCUCACAAAGACAAAAGUGUGUGUGUGUGUGUGUGUGUGUGUGUGUGUGUGUGUGUGUGUG